AUGGAGCUCCUCGUCGAGUUAAGUGUCACCACCCAUCUCCGGUUCCCUCCACCUCGAACCGCUGCCGCACGGGAUCAUUUGAGGGCCAUCCGGAGUGCUAACAAACCGCGACAAAUUAUGGCUACCGACCCCUCGCUCCAGGACCCCCUUCUGGCGCUGCGCCGCGCCAUUGCGGCUGGCAGCUUGCCUACCGCGACGACAUCUUCCGAACUCUCGACGGAGAACGCAACAGAUGACCUGGCCAAGGCCACACAUCUUUAUUUCCAGCAUCCCUUACCGCAAUCACUCGCGCUCAAUUCGCCGACCCGAUUCAACUCCAGCUCCUCCGACUCUCCCGUGGAUCUCCGCAGUAUCUUCUUCGCGUACCAGAAGAAGGAUGUUGCGAUUCCGGAGUAUAUCGCUUCAGUACAGGAGCUGAACGAGGCGCUAAAGAAGAAGGAGCGCGCCGAUGGAGCCCCAGAAGAACAGGCGCAAAAUCUGACGUUCGUCGAGCGAUUGGACCUUAUCACGUGGUUAGAGGGUGCUUCGGAUGAUAGUGAAUAUAUCAAGCCGCUUGAGGGCGCUGGGGGCGUUCCCUCAUCGGCGACUCAAGCCCAGACAUCUGCUAGUGCUGGCACCGGUGCGGCUGGUGCAUCUACUGGGCCCAGUGCUGCUCCUGCUGCGGGGGCUGCAGGAGGAAGGGCUGGAAAGGUCAUUGAUCCCAGACUUCAGGAGAUCUACAAUGGGGAACGGAAAAUGGGAGACCGCAACAGUGUUCUACGCGGCAUUAAACAGACGGACUUCUCGCAUGUCCGCAAAGUCGCCGAAACCUUCCUCGGCCGAAACCGAUCAAGAGCAGGCCAGUACCCGCCAGGCACAAAACCGGGCACAAAACCACACUCAAUGAUUCCAGCACCCUCAGCCGGUCUCUCCCAGCCCCGUAAGGGCACCUCCAAAACCCAGGACCCCAUCAUCCUCCUCUCCCCCUCCGCCUCCUCUCUCAUCCGCAUGUCCAAUGUCCGCUCAUUUCUCGGCGACGGUGUCUUCGUGCCCCCGGACCACCCUACUCUGGCUAUGCCCAAUAGUGCGGCCAGCAACAUCCUUUACAUCCACCGACCCCUCGGUAUCUCCGACCCUUCUUCGUCCUCCCGCGCCCUUGGCUCUCAAGGCCACCACGCCCGCAAACCCACACGCUUCAUCCUCGUCGACAGCACUGCGAACUUCAAACCGGACUACUGGCAGCGCCUCGUCGCCGUCUUCACCACUGGUCAAACCUGGCAGUUUAAGUCAUACAAGUGGUCAUCACCACCGGAACUCUUCAAACAUGCUCCCGGUAUUUACGUCGGUUGGCGUGGCGAGGAUAUUCCCCGUGAAGUACGCGGUUGGGGUCGUGGCGUCCGCAGCUUCUUUGUUGAGCGCUGGGAUGAGAAAGGCGGUGUUAACGGGUCAGGGCGCUGGCGGGAUCGGGAAGUCGUGGAGGGAAUCUGGACGGCUAUUGAGGAAGGCAUGAAGCUGCGCGGAUGGGGAUCCAAGUAAAUGGCUGGGGCAGUAAAUCGACCUUCCUUUGCUCCAUUGUAUCACAU